AUUUUCCUUCGUAGAUGGCGUUAUCAAUUUAGAGAAGAUCAAGAUGGCCAAGUUUGAGUACGACGAGUCGGGAGGAACUUCCCUUUAUUUUCUGGUUUCUUUCUAUGCACUGGUCCUUUUUCCAUUGACGUAUUACUUAUGGCCUUCUAAGCACAAAAAGGAUGACCCAGAGAAAGUCCGGAAAGCGUGUCACUGUGACCCGUGUGAAUCUAAAAGGGCCCAGAUCAAGGCCCCUACCACGUCAAGCACUGUCAAAAACUUUGUCAGGUGGCUAUUUUUGUUUGUGGCAUGGGUCAUCUUUAUUCUAUUAGCAUUGAAAGCCUCCCAGGUUGAAAGGGACCAUAUUGAAUAUGAUCCAUUUGAAAUUUUACAAGUAGACAGGGGAGCAUCAGAGGCGGAGAUCAAGCGUCAGUACCGUAAACUCAGCAAGUUACACCAUCCUGACAAAGAGGGCGGUGAUGCUUCCAUGUUCAUGAAGAUUGCUAAAGCUCAUGCUGCUUUAACGGAUGAAGAAUCAAGAAGAAACUGGGAAGAGUAUGGCAGCCCAGAUGGUAGACAAGCCACAACGUUUGGUAUUGCAUUGCCAGCAUGGAUUGUGGAUCAGAAUAACUCAGUAUGGGUGUUAGCUGCAUAUGGAUUAGCCUUCAUGGUCUUCUUGCCUAUUGCUGUGGGUACAUGGUGGUACCGAUCCAUCCGAUAUACUGCAGUCGAGAUCCUCAUAGACACCACACAGCUAUUCAUGCACUUUCUUUACAAGACCCCCUGUAUGAACCUCAAACGUGCCUUGAUGAUUCUUUCGGGAUCAUUUGAGUUUGAGAAGAGUCAUAAUAGUCAGGUCGUCAACAGACCAAGCGAUAACGAAGAGCUCCCUCCGCUUGUGAGGGAGUUUUCCAACGAUAUCGGUCUGAAGAACAAGGAGCGUCCAUUCUGUUUUCCUUACAGUGUCAAGGUCAGGACAUUGAUAUACGCUCACCUUGCUAGAUCGGAUCUACCCCCUAAAACUCUGGAUGUAGAUCGUCUUUUUGUCGUGAAGAAAUGCCCUCAGCUUAUCCAAGAGAUGGUCAACACAGCAGCACAGCUUAUUUUCUGGCACAAGAUAAACAAAGGAAAUCCUUCGAAAGAGCCACGUCUUGAAACGAUAGAACAUAUAAUGAAACUGAGUCCAAUGAUUGUCCAGUCUACAUGGGAUAAGAGUCCACUCAUGCAGCUUCCACACUUCACAGAAGAGACAUUGAGACUGUGCCAGUCAAAAAGGAGAAAUGUUAAGAGUAUAUCACAGUUCAUCAAGCUUAAAGACAGUGACAAAAGGUAUAUUCUUCGUCACCUGGAUGAAAGGCAGUACCAAGAUGUACUCAAUGUCUGUGCUAGUCUACCACUCAUAGAGGCAGACCUCAAAUUAGAAGUUGUUGAUGAUGAUGACAAGGCAACAAUAACAGCGGGAGCCUUUGUUACUGCUACAGUGACACUCAGAAGAGAUACGUUUACAUUACAAUCAGAUGGUGAUAUAGGCAGUAGUAACCUCGCGUUAGAAGCAGGAGGUGACACGGAAGAUUUAAAAACAGAGGAAAAGGAUUCUCCAUCAGUUAACAAAAACAAGCCAAAGGUAUGGGAGAAGCAGCAGAAAAAGAAGAAAGGGAAAGGGGGUGGAGGUGGUAACAAACCAAAACCCAAGAAGCAACAACCUCAACAACAAAAGAAACCUGCCACAAAGCCUGCCACUCUUACAGCUAACAGCACCCCAUCUAAAACCAGCACUAAUGAUGAUAAUCUAGAAGUCAUACCUGUUGACCAGGAUGAUGAGAAUGGGAGUGGUGUUGAUAGUGAUGAGGAGAUUAGCCAAAACUCAGCGAGUGAUGAAGAUGGAAUGGAGGAUGCAGGGGAAGAUGAGGAGGAGUGGGAUGAACUCCAAUCAACGUUGACGAGGAAAGAGAAGGUCUUAGAAGGCAUCACUAAAGAAUCUCAUGAGGUUCAUUCGCCUUAUUUCCCAGAGGUGAAGCACGAGUGGUGGUGGGUGUAUAUAGCCGAUAGAAAAUCACACAAGCUCAUUACAUCACCCGCAAUGGUCUAUGAUCUCAAAGACAAGAAAGAGGUUCAACUGCAAUUCCGUGCCCCGUCCAAGGGUAACUACCAGUUCUCUCUGUGUGUUCGUUCUGACUCCUAUUUGGACCUAGAUUUCAUCAAAUCAAUCAAGGUCGAUGUGAAGGAAGCUAAGAAGAUUGAAGAACACCAUCCUCAAUGGGAUAUCUCUGAUGAUGAGAAGGAGGACGAAGCGGAGGACAGUGCCGUCUCUGAUUACACCACGGACGAUGAAGAAAGCGAUGACGAAUAGAUUCAAGGAACUCUCAAUAUGGUUUUUAUGAUCAGUCCUGAGGUGCCACAAUGCAUUCUUCCCGAUUGUUAUCCUCUCCAAACGAAAGGUUUCUUAUCACUCUUGGGGUCAUUUUCAUAAAGAAGACCAUUACGGAUGUGUUUAGAUUUAUUUAUUCAUGGUAGUAGCUCUAUGUAGCUGCAAGACUGUUUUUACAAUGGAGCCGUGGUAACAUAGUCAUUUUGGUAACUACCAGGAAAUCUUGAGUUUGAUUGAUGCCUAGCUUUCUUACCAUUGUAUUUACCAUAAUGAUAAGUAUUUUUAUGAAAUUGGCCUCCAAGAAGCGACCUGACUGAUUUGGAUUCUCUCUGAUAUAAAGAUAGUGUAAUAUCAUUCCGAGAACUGUUUCAUAAAGAUGUACAUUAUGGUUUUGAGUGGAUUUGAUACAUUUAUUAAUUCAUGGUAGUAUCCCUAUUCAGCCAUGAGGCUGUUUUACAAUGGAACCAUGGUAACCUUGCUAUAAUGGUAACUUCCCAGGAAGCCAUGAUUUUGAUCGGCAGCUGAGCCCUGUUACCAUGGUGAUAACCGCAAUGGUAAGUCUUUAUGAAAUUGGUCUCAAAAAUACCAUCUAUCAUUCUUCCUGAUUUGAAUUCUCUCCGAACUAAAAAUAAUUUAUUACUUCAUGAAGGCUUUGAUCAUGUCCACCUUGCCGUUGUGAAAACCAUGAUGGAAGCUUUGAUGUUGGUUGGCUGCUGAGCCCUGUUGCCAUGGUGAUUACCAUAAUGGUAAGUCUUUUAUGAAAUUGGCCCCGAAGAUGUUACCUCAUGUUCUCCCUGAUGAAUGCACUCCAAACUAAUGAUGAUGUAUAAGCACAGGGAAUAAUUUUCCUGGUAUCGCAUCGCAAUUUGCUCUACAUUUUUGAAAUACUGUUAUGCAUAAAGUUUUUUGUAUAACAUAUUUUUACAUAGGACUGUACAUUACUUAGUUGAGAGCUUUUCUCCUAUGACCAAAAAUGCUAUUCAAAUUUGUAAAGUAAAGAUUCCACUGUUACAUGUUUGCUGAAGAUUGGGGCUAAUGCAUCAGUUUUACUAUGUCCACACUGGAGAGAUUGUUUAUUGUCGGUCAAAGGAUGUCAAAUUACAUAUUGGUAUUAAAAGCUAUAAUGAAUUAAUUUGUUUGAACUUUUGAUUCCAGCUAAACAAGAAUUAAAAUGCC